CCCAGGUCCAACGCAUGAAGUCUUCUAUAUACACACCCCUCUCUCUCUCACAUGUGACAGAGGAAUUCAAGUAAUAAAUUAGAGAAAAAGGGAGGAUAAUCGAGAAAAAUGGCGGGCAUCAAAGGCACUGGUAGUCGAGUCGAGGAGCCAACACUUGUACCCUUGUUGGAUCAUACAUCUUCAAACGUCGACUUGGUUUCAAAAACUUCAGACCAGCAAGACCUCGAUCUCUCAUUUCGACACCGGUUCUUGAUUGAAUCCAAGAAGCUAUGGCACAUAGUCGGCCCCGCCAUCUUCAGCCGCAUAGCCUCCUACUCCAUGUUUGUCAUCACCCAAGCCUUCGCCGGUCAUCUUGGCGAUCUUGAGCUCGCCGCCAUCUCCAUUGCCACCAGUGUCAUUGUCGGCUUCGACUUCGGUCUUUUGUUGGGGAUGGCGAGUGCUUUAGAGACGUUAUGUGGACAAGCAUAUGGAGCGAAAAACUAUCGAAUGUUAGGAGUGUAUCUACAACGCUCAUGGAUUGUACUCUUCUUAUGUUGUAUUCUACUUCUACCGUUGUACAUCUUCGCUUCACCGGUGCUGAAACUGCUCGGACAACCGGCAGACAUAUCGGAGCUCUCCGGUAAGGUGUCUAUGAGUUUGAUACCACUCCAUUUCAGCCUUUGCUUUCAGUUCCCAUUACAAAGAUUUCUUCAGAGUCAGCUUAAGACGUAUGUGAUUGCGUGGGUGUCACUCGGUGCGCUGGUGGUUCAUUCGGUGAUGAGUUGGCUGGUUGUGUACAAACUUCAGCUGGGACUGGUUGGAACGGUGGUGACUCUGAACUUCUCAUGGUGGCUGAUCGUUAUAGGGUUGUUCUGUUUCUCGGUAUUCGGUGGUUGCCCGGAGACCUGGGGUGGGUUUUCCAUGGAAGCCUUUACUGGACUGUGGUCAUUUGUCAAACUCUCCGCCGCCUCCGGCGUCAUGUUGUGUUUGGAGAACUGGUACUACAGAAUACUGAUCGUGAUGACUGGGAACCUUGAAAACGCAAAAAUUGCUGUGGAUGCUUUGUCUAUAUGCAUGUCUAUUAAUGGCUUCGAACUCAUGAUCCCUCUUGGAUUCUUUGCUGGAACGGGAGUUAGGGUUGCAAACGAGUUAGGAGCAGGAAACGGGAAAGGUGCUAGAUUCGCUACCAUAGUUGCAGUUACCACAUCUGCAGUGAUAGGCCUCUUCUUUUGGCUCUUGAUCAUGUUAUUCCACAACGAGCUAGCGUUAAUAUUCACCAACAGUGAACCUGUGUUGGAUGCUGUAAGCAAGCUUUCACUUCUCUUGGCUUUCACCAUUCUUCUCAACAGUAUUCAACCCGUUCUUUCAGGUGUUGCUGUUGGUUCCGGAUGGCAGUCAUAUGUAGCGUACAUUAACUUAGGUUGCUACUAUUUGAUAGGAGUCCCGAUGGGACUUGCCAUGGGAUGGCUUUUCCAUCUCGGUGUCAUGGGUAUUUGGGCUGGAAUGAUUUUCGGAGGAACCGCGUUUCAAACGGUUGUAUUGGCUAUUAUUACAAGCCGUUGUGAUUGGGAAAAGGAGGCACAGAGAGCAAGUAUGCAUAUUAAGAAAUGGGCAGUUGUGCAUUGAUCAUGACAAGUUGAUAUCUCAAUUGGUUCACAAAAAUUUGGUACCAAUAACGUCUUUCUUUGUUAUUAUAUUUUUGGCGUUGCAAAAAGGAAAUGUAAUUAAAGUAAUUCAUUAGAAAUUUUGCACCGAAAAUUUGUUAGGUUGUUCGGUUUUACCAUUUCCUUUGAUCUAUAUGUGACAAUACCAGAAUUCCAUAAGGAUUAGGUUUGAUCCUGUCAUUGUAAGAAAUUAUCAAAAUUUGGUUAAAUAUGUUAGAAUUGGGGGCUGCAAAA